GGCGCGUCGCCGGCGCCGGGCUCGCCGCACGCGACCAGCCUGUCACACGUGUCCAACAUGUCCGCGCACCAGGGCCCCAGCCUACCGACCACGCUGCACACGCCCGCACCAACGCCGGACCCGCUCGCACCGCCCACUCCUGCGGCGCCGCACCUCAAGCUCUACACGCAGGGCGACUCACCGAGCGGUGGCGGCGGUGGCGGCGGUGUCGUCUCCAACGGGGCGACCGCGGCGGGCGGCGGCGCCUGCUUCCCGGCCGAGCUGGUGCGGCGACCGCUGCUGCCCGCCGCCGAGAAGAGGCUCGACCCCAUGGAGGACGAGCACUCGCUGCACAUGCUCUACGACUACACCACCGUGCACGCAUGGCUGGAACACCCGGUGAAGCGGUUUAAGGGCGAGGAGAAGAAGCUGAACGAAGAGAGCGCGCCGAGCGGCGACUUGUACGCGAACGAGCACUACGUGCGUCCGCCGGACUGCGCCCUGAUGCACGACAUUAAGAUUGAGAAGCAGGAACCGGAGGACAGCAAAGAGUACAAGAACCUGUUCAGGUCGGACGGACUGUGCCCAACGUUGAAGGACCUUGAACAGAUAUUCGACAAUUCGGACGAUGCCAACAGCGGCGAUGAGACGCUGCAGGUGUCGACGCCGCCCGACUCCAACAAGUCGUGCGAGGUGCGCUGCGUGCGCGCCGAGGAGCUCAGCAAGAUGUUCCCCACGCCGCCCAGCAUGGAGCCGCACGCGCAGGCCUCGCCCGGCUUCUGUGACGACUCGCACCUCACGCACCUGCCGCACCUGCUCCCGCACCGCCACCACGCCAGCCCGCCGGCCGACACUAUCGAGGACUGGUCGUACGUGUUCAAGCCGGCCACGGUGUACAAGUACGUGGGGUCGUCGAAGUACGCGCCGCUGAGCUCCCUGCCGAGCCAGCUGCUGCCGCCCGUGAGCCUGCCGCCGCACGCCGUGUACCGCCCGCGCUGGCAGCACGACCGCGAGCGGGAGCCCGAGCCCAGCCACGGCGCCGCCCACCUCGCUGAUGAUGCCGGAGCGAAUACCAACAGUACGAGCGGCGCGGGCGGCGCGGGCGGCGUAAAGCGGCCUCUGUCCGCGGCCGGGCGAGACCGCUCGGUGGGCAGUGUGGCGGCGGGGGCGGCGGGGGCGGGGGCGGAGUGCGAGCGGGCGGCGGCGCCCGCGUGCCCGCUGCUGGUGAACGUGCUGCUCGCAGACACCGUGCUCAACGUGUUCCGGGAUCACAACUUCGACAGUUGCACGCUCUGCGUGUGCAACGCUGCCGGCCGGGUAAAUAUUACCAGAUUGAAACCGUUCUUUGUAGUCAUCGUUCCAUAA